AUGAGCCCCUCUUUCCAGGAGGACGAGGGCCCAACCCCUGCGAAAGUUUGCGCAUCCUAUGAUGUUGGCGGCGGGGUAGGUUUAGCAGAUGCCUUUGCAAUCUAUUCGAUCGUUGCAUUCCCCCCGUCAUGGAGGAACAAUGGACUUGAGCGAAAUAUUCUUCAGGAGCUUGAAGAAGCGGCCUCUGUGGUUGCAGACAAACUCCCUAUUCUGACCUUCCUCAGCAACAACCUGUUACCUGAUCUCACCUCCCUGCCUUUCCCGUGCCGUCAACACCGCAACGAUGCCGCCGUCGAGCCCUAUGAUGAUCUGCCUUGGUUUCUGAUCAACGCAACAAGAUAUUCCAAGCACUGCGUCCUCGGACAGAACAACACUUUGGAAUCGUUGUUGAUGGUCCUUCAGCGACCAUGGUGUGUCCUCGAGCUGUGUUGUUGCGAGACCCCAACGGUUGCGGCAGUUGGUGCUUUUACGCUAGCGGCGGCGAAGCUCGACCGGGUGACAUACAGUCCAGCCGUUAUGCUACUGUCGUACGAGAUGAUGCAGCGGACCAAUGAGCAAACCCAAACGGUACGGUCUGUCGACUUUCAAAACAUGCGUCGGCAGCAGUUGGCAUCCAGAAACCCGUGGCUCGACGCGAUCGCUGUGUAUAGAGAGCUCUCUCGAAGCUGCAUUCGAUCACAUAAAGCAUUUUGGAUUGGGUUGAUCUGUACAUGCGCCGUUUAUCUUGGCAUUGCGUUUUCCGAUGUGACACUCAUGUUGGCGAGUCUGUUCCCGGGUGCCUCUGUGUGGAUGAACGUGAAGGAACCAGGGAACACCAGACUGGAGGAUAUGCCAGGCCCAUUUGACCCAAGGACAUCGAAUCAAUUCUCUGCCCAGUUGUGGCGAGAUUCGAACAAGCCCACGCGGAUACGAAGAUCCAGUAUUGAUGUCAUACAGCGGUCAAGUCCAAAUAGUCAUUUUGGGAAACUUCGGAACAACCUGAGCAACACAGACCCAACAAAUUUUCCCUUGGGCACGAAAAACCCACGUCUGCUAUUCACUCUCUACGCCGAAAUUAUAAGAGCAACUGGUGAUUCUAUUCCCUAA